GGGAAACUAGCCGCCAUGGGUGAACAUGCGAAGAUUAAUCCUGGACCCUUCAUCGAGGUCUUGAACAAUGUGUGUCCUGCUCUCCUCGGGGCCUCCAAAGAAGAGAUUGCAAAGCAUUUUGCUAGCCUCGAAAUGAUGAACAAAGUUCGACACUUCAUCGGCGAUGAUCAGGACACAACGUUUUUCAUUGCCAGAGAAUUGGUGGAGCGGGAUGAAGGGAAGAAAGAAGAUAGCAAAAAGGAUGAGGAUGAAAAAGAAUACAACAUCAUUACAGAAAAUGAAGUUGCUUUCUGCCCACAAGCGUGUGCAAUUGCAAUUCUCAAGCGGAAUCCUUCAACAUUCAGAGCUGCCUAUGAAGGAACGCUAGGCACGCUGGAUGAAGGUGCUGUGCAGGUUGCUGGCAACUUUGCCUCACACCUGCAAUUCGUCACUUUGGGAGCUGAAUCAGAAUGGUCCCCUUUCGAACUAGUUCACUUGUAUCUUCAGAACAGCUUUGUACCUCUGUUCAACGCAUUUGCGAAGAGGACGGAAGGUGCAAGCAAGACUGUCGGUGAGGACGACCGGGAUGAACAGAAGAUCGGUGUGCCAAAUGUGCAGCGAAAAAUCAUGGAUCUUUGCAUGGCAUUAAUGCAAUGCCAGCACAAUGUUGAGAUUGAAAACAUUUCUUUGCCAAUUGAUCCCCAAAUUGCGGAGGCGUUUGAGAAGGCCAAAGCUGAAGGCAGACAGCUGACCAAAGAUGACUUCAAAGAGCAGAUGAAUGACUCGACCUACCAGAGUCAUCUCCAGAGUGGUGUCAAUAAGUGGAGCAAAGAAAUCCAACGAGUUGCAAAGAUGCAGCGCGACGCCGCGACUGGAAGUGCAACACAAGAGAUCAACUUUUGGUUGGGAAUGGAAAAGGUCCUAAAUGAUGCUCAGCAACAACUUCAGUCGCCGGAGAUCCAGCUGACACUGGAUUUGCUCAAGAACGCAAGACGGUUCCUUGCAACAAUGUCCUUUGAGGCUGAUACCGGCUUGAAGCCGGCUAUUGACAAAGUGUCCAACUACUUGCUUUUGCUUCGAGAGUUUCCCAUCAAUGAAAUGCUAGUUGCAACCACGGUGGAGCAGUUGACUCAGGCUGUUCGCACCAUUUUCAAGCACAUGCAGAAAAUCAGAACUGCGGUGCAGUAUCCACUUUCGCGAGCAUUCCACUUGGUGGAAGCGGUCAGUCGGGAUUUGUCAGACCGAUUGCUGAAAAUCAUGUCCCAGAGGCUAAUGCAGCAGGAUGCGGAGAUGUUCGCCCAGAAUAUGCAGCAAUGUGCAGAGCUCUUCCGGGUUUGGAAUGACGAGCUCGGACAAUUUCGACAACUUGCCCGUGAGCAGUUGAAGAAGCGCGGAAAUGAGCGCCCUAUUGUCAAGAUCAAUUGUGAGCAUGAACAACUCCAGGCACGAAUUGAGGAGCUCCAGAAGUUCCGACGAAACCACAUGAAAUUGCAAGAGAUCAUCGAGCGAGUCCUGUUGGACGGAAAGGAAACAACAGCCAAAGCUGAAGUAGCUGCUGCGUAUCAGCUGGUGGAGCAGGUAGAUGUUUUGGAUGUAAGCCGACGGGGGCAACAGGAAUGGGAGAACACAAAGCGCCGCUAUGACAAAUGUAUCGACCAUGCUGAGAGCGAAAUUACUGCGAGGCUUCGCGACAAGUUGGGAGCGGCCAAAACUGCCACAGAGAUGUUUCGUGUUUUCAGCAGGUUCAAUGCACUCUUCUACCGGCCUAGGAUCCGUGGAGCAAUUCAAGAGUAUCAAACUUCUCUCAUCCAGCAAGUCAAGGACGAUGUGCACCGCUUGCAAGACAAAUUCAAGGAGAACUAUGAGGGAAGCCAGGCUUGCAAGCUCACGGCCGUCAGAGGCAUCCCAGCCACUGCUGGCUUAAUCAUAUGGGCCAAGCAGCUGGAGCGGCGCCUGAAUAUCUACAUGGGUCGCGUGGAGGAUGUUCUGGGCAAAGGCUGGGAAAAACAUGUGGAAGGAAAUGCGCUGAAGCAGGAGGGCGAUGCUUUUGCCAAGAAAAUGAAGACCACCCACAUUUUUGAUGAAUGGCUGUCUGAAACCAAGGAGUCUCGAAAGUUCGAUGUGAGCAUGCGAAUCUUCGACAUUCAACAAGGAUACCAGACAUUCUUGCUUUUGGUGAACUUUGAUGAGCAGGUUAUUACCCUGUUCAAAGAGGUGCGAAACCUUCAAUCCUUGGGUGACUGCCGUGUGCCGUAUGCAGUGAAGGUCAGUUCUGACGAAGCAAAGCAAAACUAUCCGUUCGCAAUGACGCUGCAAGAGGCAGCGCGGACAUACAUGCAGACCUGUGCGCAGAUCACAGCAGCUUUCAAACCUUUGAUGGCCUCCUACCAGCAAGGUGUGCAGGAACUGAUUGCUGAUGGGCUUCAUUUGAAGUGGGAUGAUCAAAAGAUUGAAGGCUACACACAAAAACUUUCAGAAAGUGUCUUCCAGUUUCAGCAGAAGUUCACUCAGCUUGAGUCUAUGGCUGAUCAAAUGCAUCGCGCAAUUGAAAGCUUGGAUGCAGCCUGUGAUGCAGCUGCGAAGGAUCCAAACACAGCAGAGUCUUUGGCUUCGCGGUUUGAGAAGAUGCAGAAGAUGAUAGACGAUAUGAACCUGGCCAGUUUUUCCAACAUGGACGAUUGGGUCGAUGGGCUGAACAAACAAAUCGAGCAGCGUCUUUUGAAGCUUCUGGCGGCGAUCAGUGCACAGUGGCUGCAGGAGUUCAAGAAGUGGCCAAACAACGGCACAACAUUGAUCCAGGAAAAUGCAGUGAUGGGUGCCGUGCUGGAGCUUCACAUGCAGACUUCACAGUCAGGAAUCCGCUUGGUCUUGGAGCCUCAGAAGGAAUUUGCUAUGACACACUGGAUCAAACAUUAUCAUGAUUGUUUGGGAAUGGUGUGCAACCUGCCCGUGCUGCAAGCAGCACGUUUCGAUACGCUCAAGCGUGCUCCGCGGGCUGCAUCACGGAGGCUCAUUGAACAGGUGGAUCCGAAAAUUCUUCAAGAAGUCUAUGACCAAGUUGGUAGCACCUGUGCAGAAGUGCAGGAGUAUGUGUCUGGCUGGACGCAGUAUCAGUCACUAUGGGAGAUCACCACUAACAACGUUCGGGCACGGUUGGGUGAUGAUUUGUCACGAUGGUACAGCAUGCUAACAGAGAUACACUAUUUUAGCACUCGCUUCGAGGCAGCCGACCAAGACAUGUACUUCGGACCAGUUGUUGUCGACUAUAGCAAGGUCCAGUCCAAAGUCAAGGCCAAAUACGACCAAUGGCACAGGGAACUCCUGAACGAAUUUGGUGGAAAGGUAAGUGACACCAUGAACGAGUUCUUCCACCAAGUGAACCAAGGCCGAGAACGCUUGGAAGCUGUAGACAGCAGUGGUGAUUUGACGGUGGUUUGUAUGGCAGUCCUCAAGGUCAAGACCAGUGCUGAGAAGUGGGAGAACCAGUUCGAAGAGCUUCAGAAAGCCCAAAAGCUCCUUGUGAAGCAGAGGUAUCAGUUUCCAGAAGACUGGAUGCACAUCGAGCAGAUAGAAGGGGAGUGGGAGUCUUUUGAGCAGAUCUUGAGCAGAAGAAACCGGAUCCUGGAGCAUGAACUGCCGAAGCUCCGCUCAGUGCUGGUGCAGAAAGACAAGCAGCUUGAAGAAAACAUCACCCAACUCUACUCUGAGUGGUCCAGUCAGAAGCCGGUGCAAGGAAGCCUGAAGCCAACAAAUGCAAUGCAAGUCAUUAAAGAGUUUGAUGAGCGGCUUCAAUUGCUCCAAGAGCAACACAGCCAGCUUGUCCAGCUGAAGAAGUCUUUACACAUGGAGGUUGGUGAUGUAGAAACACUGGCACCGUUGCAGGAGGAGAUGGGAAGCCUCAAAGAUGUUUGGGUUCAAAUCAACACGGUCCACAGCCGUGUAGAGGCGCUGAAGGAGACUCUUUGGACAGCUGUUGAGCCCAAGAAAAUCAAGACCGCCUUGGAGGACCUUUUGUCCAACAUGAAGCAAAUGGAUCGGCGUUUGCAACAAUACGAGGCCUUUGAUCAUAUCCAGGAGCAAUUGCAAGGGCAGAUCAAGCUCAACCAGGUUGUGGCUGAAUUGAAGACUGAUGCGCUGAAAGCACGUCACUGGAAGCAAAUUGUUGAAAUGCUGAAGUUGAACGUCCAAUUCAACGAGCUCACACUUGGGCAUCUUUGGGAUGCAAACUUGCAGAAACACCAGCCUGCCAUCAAGGAGAUUCUUGGCAGAGCUCAAGGUGAAAUGGGCUUGGAGCAAUUCCUAGCUGAGGUCCGAGAGAAGUGGAGCAACUAUGAGUUGGAAUUGGUGCCCUACAAGAGUAAGUGUCGCCUCAUUCGGUCGUGGGAUGAUCUCUUCACGCAGUUGGAUGAGCACCUGCAGAGCAUCCAAUCCAUGAAAAUGUCUCCCUAUUUCAAGUCCUUUGAAGAUGAAGGCUCCACCUGGGAUGACAGAUUGAACAAGAUUCGCAUUGUCUUCGACCUUUGGAUGGAUGUGCAAAGAAGAUGGGUCUAUUUGGAAGGCAUUUUUGGGAGCAGUGCUGACAUUCAGCAGCUUUUACCCAACGAGUUUGCUCGAUUCAAAACGAUUGAUUCAGAGUUCGUGGGUCUCAUGAAGAAGGUAGCUGCCAAACCGAAGGUGCUAGAUGCUGUCGCCAUAGAAGGCGUCCAAAAACAACUGGAUCGUUUGUCUGACAUGCUGACUGCUGUCCAGAAGGCCUUGGGCGACUAUCUUGAAAAGCAACGUUCGCAGUUUGCUCGCUUCUACUUUGUGGGUGAUGAAGACUUGCUGGAGAUGAUUGGAAAUUCAAAAGACGUCGCAGCCGUGAGUCGGCAUCUUGCGAAAAUGUUUGCAGGCCUGUCUCAGUUGAGCACGGAUCCCAGUAGUCCAGAGCUUGUGAAGGCAAUGCAGUCUCGUGAGGGGGAGACCGUUGAUUUCAUCAAGGUCGUCAACAUCAAUGAAGAUCCGUCGAUUAAUGGCUGGCUGUCAAAGACUGAGGCAUCUAUGCAGGCAUCUCUUGGAGAACAUCUCAACUCCUGCAUGAACGAACUUGGAACUUUGUUCACCGCUGAUGGGAAAAUUAGCGAAGAACAGACCAUGAUGUGGGUCUCUCGAUAUCCCUGCCAGGUUCUUCUGAUGGCGAUUCUGUCAGAUUGGUGCCUAAAGGUUGAAACUGCACUUGGUGCUGGCUUAGCUGAGAUGCAGCUUGUGUUGCCCCGAACUGUCGAGCAGCUGUCCUUCAUGGCGGGGAAGGUCAUUACCAAUGUGAGCAAUGCUGUGCGUCAAAAGCUUGCGCAGAUGAUCACUGAGGUUGUUCACCAACGAGAUGUUUCCCGGCAGUUGAUCCAAGACAAGGUUUGCUCACCAAAGGACUUUCAAUGGCUCCAGCUGAUGCGCAUGUAUUGGAACCCAAGUGAACCACAAAUUCUGCAGCGCUUGUCAAUUUGCAUGGCUGAUGCAAGUUUCUUUUAUGGCUUUGAGUACCUGGGUAUAGCAGACAAGCUGGUACAGACUCCUUUGACUGACAGAUGCUUCUUGACCCUAACGCAAGCCCUUCACAUGCGCUUGGGGGCCAACCCAUUCGGCCCAGCGGGAACUGGCAAAACGGAAUCAGUCAAAGCACUUGGCAAUACUAUGGGGCGGUUUGUCUUGGUCUUCUGCUGUGAUGAGGGUUUCGACUUUCAAGCCAUGGGUAGGAUCUUCGUUGGUCUAUGCCAAGUUGGUGCCUGGGGCUGCUUUGAUGAGUUCAAUCGGCUGGAGGAGCGUAUUCUAUCAGCUGUGUCAGAGCAAGUGCUGACAAUCCAGACUGGAAACAAGCAAAACAAAAAGGAGAUUGAGAUCCUGGGAAAGCAGGUGCGUUUGAAUUCCAAUGUGGGAAUCUUUGUGACCAUGAACCCUGGAUAUGCUGGUCGCUCAAACUUGCCUGAUAACUUGAAACAGCUUUUCCGGGCCAUGGCAAUGACGACACCGAAUAAGACGCUCAUUGCACAGGUGAAUUUGUACAACCAGGGUUUCAUCAGUGCAGAACGCUUGGCGAGUAAGGUCGUCUUCCUUUUUGACCUCUGCAAAGACCAGUUGUCCUCACAACCGCAUUAUGACUUUGGCCUCAGAUCCUUAAAAGCAGUCCUGGCAUGCGCUGGGUCCAUGAAGCGAGAGGAGGUGACAAACAUUGGUGCUGAAAAGUUCGCAGAACUCUCGGAGGAUGAAGUUGCAGAGAAUGAGCAGAAGAUUCUACUGAGAGCCAUUUUCGACACCUUGGUCCCAAAGCUGGUUGCUCAGGACAAGCCGUUGAUGCAGAGCCUGAUCUCUGGUGUUUUCCCUGGCGCAGAUGUAGGAAUUGUGGACAACAAGAUUUUGCAAGACGAGUUGCGACGCUUGUGCAAACUACGCCACCUUGAGUGCACUGAGAACUUUAUGCUAAAAUGCAUGGAGCUCUACCAGAUCCAACGGAUCACGCAUGGUGUGAUGCUGGUGGGCACGGUGGGAACGGGCAAGUCAACAGUCUGGCGAACGUUGCUAGAUGCAAUGGAGAAGCUUGACAAUGUCAAAGGAGAUGCAUACGUUGUUGAUCCGAAGGCAGUGUCGAAAGAAGAGCUCUACGGCAAGUUGGACCCCACCACGCUCGAGUGGACAGAUGGAGUCUUCACUGACAUUUUGCGACGCAUACUCUCCGGCCACAGGGGUGAAAACCUUCGCAGGCAGUGGAUCAUGUUUGAUGGUGAUGUCGAUCCUGAGUGGGCUGAGAAUCUCAACUCCGUUCUGGAUGACAACAAAAUUCUCACACUUCCAAAUGGAGAGCGCUUGGCCAUUCCACCGAAUGUUCGAAUCAUGUUUGAGGUGGACACGCUGAAAUAUGCCACCUUGGCAACUGUAAGUCGAUGUGGCAUGGUGUGGUUCGCUAAUGAUGUGAUUACAGAGGAAAUGGUUUGCUGGCGUGAGCUUCAAUCCAUCAAAUAUGGCAACCUUGAGUCGAAGAAUGAGCGAAACAGUGGAGAUGGUGAACAGGCUGCUUUAUCACAGGAGCAGAAAACGAAGAAGAAGUGCAUCGAAGCAAUUGAGCAGUGCUUCCAGAGUGGUGGGGUUGUUCUCUCUGCCCUAAGGCUCGCCCACGAGAUGGAACACAUCAUGACCUUCACCAUGAUACGGGCCCUGACGGGCUUGUUUUCAAUGGUUCGAAAGGGUAUCAACGUGGUUUUGGAUUAUGAUGAGGCUCAUGAGGAGUUUCCUUUGGACGAUGAUGUGCUCAGGUCGUUCAUGCAAAAGUACCUUGUCUUUGCAAUUUGCUGGUCAUUUGGUGGGGAUAUGUUCUUGAGCAACCGGAUGAAGUUCUGUGAGAUGCUAGCGGCACACUUGGGAGACAUACCUGCCCCAGAUGGGCUGGGAGGCGACACAACCCUUCUUGAUUUUGAGGUGCGUGUUGAAGAUGGACAGUGGUAUCAUUGGGACAAACGAGUUCCAACCUUGGAGAUAGAACCUGAGAAAGUGGCUGACUCCAACUUGAUCAUUUCGACAGUGGAUACCGUUAGACACGUGUCGGCUUUGUCGUCAUGGCUCGAGGAAAGAAAACCCUUCAUUCUCAGCGGACCGCCUGGCAGUGGAAAGACUAUGACUUUGAUGUCUACCAUGAAAUCAAUGUCACAAGAUGGAAGUCUCGAGUUGGCUUCCUUGAACUUUUCUGCUGGCACUUCACCAGACCUUCUCCUGAAGACCUUCGACCUCUACUGUGAGACAGUGAAGACACCAAAUGGCCUGGUGAUGCGGCCACUGCAGUUGAAUCGUUGGGUCGUAGUCUUUUGUGAUGAGUGCAACCUGCCAGCUGAAGACAAGUAUGGCACGCAGAAGGUGAUCAUGUUCAUUCGACAGAUCACCGAGCAUGGUGGAUUUUACCGCCCAAGUGACAAGCAGUGGGUUUCGGUGGAGCGAGUGCAAUUCCUCGGGGCAUGCAACCCACCGACUGACCCGGGCCGACAUCCAAUGUCAGACCGCUUCUUGCGACAUGCUCCAGUCAUUUGGGUAGACUAUCCUGGCCCGGAUUCGUUGCGCCAGAUUUAUGGAACCUUCAACCGUGCCAUCCUCCGUUUGCAACCUCAACUUGAUAGGAGUUGUGGAGACGCCAUGACCAAUACCAUGGUUCAGUUCUGGCGUGAAAGUUCUCAGAAGUUUACCUCAGAUCAGCAGCCUCAUUACUUAUACUCCCCCCGUGAGUUGACACGCUGGAAAACUGCUCUCUAUGAAUGUGUGAGGGGAUGGGAUGGCAUGACUCAGUCGAACUUGAUACGCCUUCUUGUCCAUGAAGGGUUGCGAAUCUUUGUUGAUCGCUUGGUCUUUGAGGAGGAGCGUCAGUGGAGUGAAGAGCUCUUGGAUGAAGUCGUGCAGAGAGAGUUCGGAUGCAGUGCGGAUGUGCUGCAACGACCGAUUCUCUUCAGCUGCUACUUGGAUGAGCAACACCACUACCGAGAUGAAACGAGAGAAGCUCUGCGCGAGUUCGUGAAAGGAAAGCUGAGUGUCUUCUAUGAAGAGGAGCUGGAUGUGAGACUAGUGAUCUUCGAUUCGGUGUUGGAUCACAUUGUUCGCAUGGAUCGGGUUCUCCGGCAGCCUUUGGGACACCUCUUGCUGGUUGGAGCCUCUGGCGCAGGCAAGACAGUUCUCUCGAAGUUUGUCUCGUGGCUGAAUGGACUGAGUGUCUACACGCUAAAGAUCGGCCGCAACUAUGAUGUUCUUGCAUUUGAAGCAGAUGUUCGCAUAGUGAUGAAGCGUGCCGGUGUGAAAGGCGAAAAGAUCACCUUCAUUUUCGAUGAGUCCAAUGCCUUGGGCCCAGCUUUUAUCGAGAGGAUGAAUGCACUGUUGGCCUCUGGAGAGGUGCCUGGACUCUUUGAAGGUGAUGAGUAUACUGCUCUGAUUCAUGAAUGCCGCGGAGCCAACAUCACAGGGGUGGAUGAUGCAGAGAUAUUUGCACGCUUUACGAAGCGAGUCCAAAGAAAUUUGCACAUUGUCUUCACCAUGAAUCCUGCAAACCCAGACUUCUACAAUCGCUCCAACUCCAGCCCUGCUCUCUUCAACCGCUGUGUCAUUGACUGGUUUGGUGACUGGCCACAAGAGGCCCUGCUGCAAGUCGCAGCUGACUUUACUGCCAGUAUGCUGAUCGGUGAGGACACAUUCACUGGUGCUUCUGCUGGGCCAGGAGAAGAGAAGGAUGCGUUACGCCAUGAGAAGCUCUCUGAAACCAUCGUGUCAUUUCACCAGCAAGUUGAUCAAACAAACGUGGAUCUGAAAAAGAGCGCCCUGAGAUACAACUUCAUCACUCCACGAGAUUUCCUCGAUUUCAUCAAUCACUUUAUUGGCUUGAUGAAGGAGAAAAGAGAUGAAGUGCUAGAUCAGCAAUCCCACAUCGAUGGAGGGCUCAAAAAGCUUAAGGAGACUGAAGAUCAAGUGGCAAACUUGCAAUCUGGUUUGGCGGAGAAAGAGAAAAUGCUCGUUGCCAAGAACAAAGAGGCAGAAGAAAUGAUGUCACAGAUGGUGAAGGGGCAGGGAGAGGCAGAGGAGAGGAAGCAAGCAAGCCAAAAGCUUCAGGGCGAGCUUGCGGAGCAAUCCAAGGUCAUUGAUGAAAGAAGAGGGGUUAUUCAGAAGAAAAUCGAAGAAGUGGAGCCAGCGUUGGAGGCUGCAAAGAGCGCAGUAGGAGCCGUCAACAAGCAGGCGUUGGAUGAGCUCCGCUCUAUGAACAAGCCUCCUGAACAUGUGAAAAUGGCAAUGGAAGCUGUUGUUCUCAUGGUUCGGUCAGAGAUCCCUCCAGCCAGUAUCAACUGGGAAGCUGUCCGAAAGGUCAUGCGUGAUGCCAAUUUCAUCCCGAGCAUUCUAGAGUAUGAAGCGGAACACUUGAAAGACAGCACUCGCAAGACCUUGAAGAAACAGUACCUUGAGAACAAGGCAUGGGAUGUCUCCAGAAUCAAGCAAGCAUCGAAAUGUGCUGGUCCAGUAGCUCAGUGGGUGGAAAGCCAGAUUCAAUUCGCAGAUCUUUUGAACAUGAUGGAGCCCAUGAGGAAUGAGCUGCAGCAGAUGCAGGAGCAGGCCGACAAGAACAAAGUUGAACUUGUAGCAUGCGAGAAAGUCUUGGGAGACAUGGAGGCCAAGAUCCAGCAGUACAAAGAGCAAUAUGCUCAGUUGAUCACUUCUGUCAACCAGAUUAAGCAUCAAAUGCAGCAAGUGCAAGAAAACUGCAGCCGCUCCACUCAACUACUAUCUGACCUGUCUUCUGAGAAAGUGCGAUGGCAAGGAUCGUCAAAGGGCUUCCAGGAGCAGACAGCAAGCAUGAUUGGAGAUGUGCUAAUCUGUGGAGCCUUUUGCACGUAUAUCGGCUUCUUUGAUCUUUUCAUGCGCCAAAGGGUCACAGCUCUGUGGCGCGAGAAGCUUGACGAAGCAGAGAUCAAACAGAAGGAAGACCUUUCCAUCAUCGAGUACUUGUCAAAACCAUCCGAAAGACUGCAAUGGAAGCAAAAUGCGCUUCCAGACGAUGACUUGUGCUAUGAGAAUGCCAUUAUCAUGAGGCGCUUCUUACGGUAUCCUUUGAUCAUCGAUCCGUCCGGGCAGGCCAUCGCCUUCUUGACCAAUGAAUUCAAAGAGAAGAAGCUUCUCAAGACAUCCUUUGUGAAGAAUAGCUUCAUGAAGAGCCUAGAAACAGCACUGCGGUUCGGAGCACCCUUGAUUGUUAUGGAUGUGGACAAAGUGGAUCCCAUCCUCAACAAUGUGCUCAACAGAGAGACACACAAAAGUGGCCCACGUGUAUUGAUCACUUUGGGCGACCAGGACAUUGAUUUCAGCCCAGCCUUUGAGAUGUACAUGUGCACCAGGGACUCAACUGCUCAGUUCACCCCAGAUCUGUGCAGCCGGGUGACCUUUGUGAACUUCACGGUGACGCCCUCCUCGCUGCAAAGCCAGUGCAUGAAUGCCCUACUGAAAUCUGAAAGGCCUGAUGUGGAUCGGAAGCGUGAAGAUCAAUUGAAAUUGCAAGGUGAAUGCAAAGUGAAGAUGAGGGAACUUGAGGAGCAACUUCUUCAUGCUCUCUCAAAUGUGGAGGGGUCUAUCUUGGAGGAUGUCAAGGUAAUAGCCACCUUGGAGAAGAUCAAGAAGGAGUCCUCAGAGAUUCAAGAAAAGCUCGGUCAAACUGAUGCCAUCAUGCAGGAAAUCAAUGAGACCAGUGCACUCUAUGACACGGCCGGCGAGGUGGCUGCAAAUCUGUACUUCAUGUUGCAGAGGAUGGGCGCGAUGCACACGCUUUACCGCUACAGUUUGGCUUUCUUUUUGGAGGUCUUUGAUGGAUCCAUCAGGACGGAGCUCCAAAAGGACUUAAGCUAUGAGAAACGCUUGGAGGCAAUUCUCGAGAAACUCUUUGGCAACUUGUUCUUGCGCGUGGGACCCGGCCUUCAAGAGGCUGAUGUGCUGGUUUUUGGACUGCAGCUAGCCCAAGUCAGGGCCGAAAGCCAAGGAUCUUCACCUUUCCCGAAGGCAGAGCUAGAUCUUUUGCUCAAGGGAGCUGCAGUGGAUGUGACGAAGAGCAGUGCUGCACCACUAGCAGAGCAGUGCUGCGAGGUGCUCAAGUCCAAGUUGAACAGCCAGCAGCUGAAAGGGCUGCAGGACCUGCACCUACUCCCAUGCUUCAGUGGCCUAGUUGGCAACAUCCAGGCCAAAGAAUCGGAGUGGCUCAGAUUCAUGGAGCACUUAGAAGCUGAAAUGGCUAUUCCGACAGGUUGGGAAAAAACCAGUGACGACGGGCCGUCACUUCUCCAGAAGACUUUGAUUUUGAAGGCCUUGCGUCCAGAUCGCCUCACCUUUAUUUGCACUGCGUUGGUUGAAAGUGUGCUUGGCAAAGGCUUUUUGGACUUGCCUGCGUUCAAUUUGGCGGAGAUCAUUGCUAAGGACAGCAGGGCUUCUUCGCCGAUCAUGAUGGUCUCUGUUCCUGGCUUUGAUCCAAGUGGGAAGGUCACAGAGCUGGCGCAGGUGCAAAAGAAGUCGUUGCAAUCUGCGGCCAUGGGUUCUGAAGAAGGCUUCAAUGUAGCAGACAAGGCCAUCAAGGCAGCAUCCAAUGCGGGUACGUGGGUGUUGCUGAAGAAUGUGCAUUUGGCCAUCAGCUGGCUGUCAGAGCUCGAAAAGAAUCUUUAUGGAAUGAAUCCACAGCAAAACUUCCGGCUCUUCCUCACGAUGGAAUUCAACCCCCGAAUCCCUCCGAACCUGAUUCGCUUGUCCAGGGUCUAUGUCUUUGAGCCUCCAUCUGGACUUCGGGCAUCCUUGCGGAGAUCGUUUGCGCAAGUCUUGCCACCAGAAAGGACGGACCGUCAACCGGUCGAACGCUGCAGACUUCACUUCUUGCUUGCAUUCCUUCACGCGAUAGUCCUAGAGCGGCUACGAUUCUUCCCAGUAGGCUGGAGCAAGAAGUACGAGUUUGGCGAUGCAGAUAAAAUGUGCAGCCGAGAUGUAGUUGAUGCGUGGGUAGACAGUGUUUCCAAUCAUGGGCAACUGUCCAACAUCAGCCCCGACAAGAUUCCGUGGGAUGCUCUUCGUUCAAUUCUCAGUGAGUCCAUUUAUGGAGGACGGGUCGACAAUGAGUUUGACCACGCGGUCCUCAAGACAUUUAUCAAUCACUUGUUUAGAGCAGAGUCAUUUGAAAGGGAUUUUGCCCUGAACAUGGAAUCCUCAUCAGAGCAUUGCUUGCGCUCACCAGACGGGCGCAAGCGGGAACAGUUCCUAGAGUGGAUUGACAACUUGCCUGCAAAGGGUAGUCCUACAUGGGUUGGCUUGCCGGUUCAUGCCGAACAAAUGCUACGAAUCAACCGUGCCAACCACACGCUACAACGCUGGCUUCUUCUCCAGGGGAACACCGGGGCACUGAAAGGAGAAAAGAAGAAGGAAGGAGAAAAGAGAAGAGCCAGUGCUUUGAUCAACCCCUUGUUUGAUCUGGGGACGAAGGUGAAGCAGAUGCUCGAGAACUUGCCAGAAUCUUUGGAGCAGCUGCCACGCUCUGAAGCCUCGCUUCGAGAUCCUCUUUGGCGUUGCUAUGACAGAGAGGCCGGCUUUGGCCGGUCCCUGCUGAAGAAGGUUCGCCAAGAUUUGUCUCUCUUGUCGGCAGCCUGCGAUGGAACUGCCAAGAGUACAAAUGAGGUGCGACAGCUGAUUCAAGACUUGACGACUGAUCAAGUUCCCAAAGCAUGGCAGCGGUUUGCCAUGGCAAAAGUGACUGCCACUGAGUAUUUGGCAGACUUUGUCAAGAGGUUAGAUCAGCUCCGCACAGUGGUCUCCAGCGGCUCGUUGCAGAAGCACAGGCUUUGGUACGGCGGGCUUUUCUUCCCAGAAGCUUUCCUCACGGCUUCGCGACAAGCUGUGGCCCAGCAAAAGCAAGUUUCAUUGGAGGAGUUGAACUUGAUUGUGCAGAUUGGCGGGGAUGCUCCUUCAGGCGAUGAUGCUUUUGAAAUGACAGGCUUGCAGCUAGAGGGCGCUGCGUGGGACAAAGGACAGUUGGUAGUGACUGACGAGCUCUCUGUUGCCCUGCCUCUCCUUUGGAUCCGGUGGGUUCACGUGGACUUGCCAGAGGUCAAGCAGACGGCAGACUACUUGCGGGUCCCGGUGUAUCUCAACACCAGCAGGAGCGUACUCAUCAGUGCCUUUUCGUUGAAGACACCCAAAGAAAUUCCAAAUGCCGUAUGGGUGCAAAGAAGUGUGGCCGUAACGAUUUGGACCAAGCAGUGAGGCCGGGAACCGGCCUUUGUUGAACCGGCCACUUUGAUUACUUUCGAGAUCAUUAAAGAGAGCCUCGAGAGCCAGAGGUUU